CCAUUAGUCGAGUCGCUCAGUGUCGGUUCCGGCCCUGUUUUACACACACUCUCUCUCUCUCUCUCCCUCUCCCGGAGUCGGUAGCGUGUCCGCUGUAGUUUUCUCCGGUCCCGGUUCGGCGGUGGUCAUGGCGGACGGCGCUCCGUGCGGCAGCGGCAGUGAUGGCGAGGAGAAGGGCGCGCGCCUCCGAGGUUUCGCGCGGCAGGGCGCGCUCCGCCAGAAGAACGUGCACGAGGUGAAGGACCACAAAUUCAUCCCGCGCUUCUUCAAGCAGCCCACCUUCUGCAGCCACUGCACCGACUUCAUCUGGGGUUUCGGGAAACAAGGAUUUCAGUGUCAAGUUUGCUGUUUUGUGGUGCAUAAGCGCUGUCAUGAGUUCGUCACUUUCUCCUGUCCUGGAGCAGACAAAGGCCCGGCGUCAGAUGACCCACGCAGUAAACACAAGUUUAAGGUCCAUACGUACUCCAGUCCGACCUUCUGCGAUCAUUGUGGCUCCCUGCUGUACGGACUCAUUCACCAGGGCAUGAGAUGUGAACAUUGUAUGAUGAAUAUUCACAAGCGUUGUGUUGCUAACGUGCCGAGUCUGUGUGGAACCGAUCAUACUGAACGCAGAGGACGCAUCCAGAUCACCGCUAACAUCAAGAACAAUGUACUCACUGUAUGCAUCAAGGAAGCGAAAAACUUGGUUCCAAUGGAUCCGAAUGGCCUUUCUGACCCAUACGUGAAGCUCAAACUCAUUCCUGAUCCGAAAAGCGAGAGCAAACAGAAGACCAAGACUAUAAAGUGCUGCCUGAAUCCGACGUGGAACGAGACCUUUACAUUUAAUCUGAAGGAAUCUGACAAGGACCGUCGGUUAUCGGUGGAGAUGUGGGAUUGGGAUUUGACCAGUCGGAAUGACUUCAUGGGUUCCCUCUCAUUCGGCAUCUCAGAACUGCAGAAACAAAGUGUGGAUGGAUGGUUUAAGCUGCUGAGUCAGGAGGAGGGUGAGUACUUUAAUGUGCCUGUCCCACCCGAGGGAGAAGAAGGAAACGAGGAGCUGAGACAAAAACUUGAGAGAGCUAAAAUAGCUUCUGUUGCUAAGAAGACAGACUCAUCUGUAUCCAAGUUGGACAAUAAUGGAAAUAGAGACCGGAUGAAGCUCUCCGACUUCAACUUCCUCAUGGUGCUUGGAAAAGGGAGCUUUGGCAAGGUAAUGCUGGCUGAGACGAAGGGAACCGAUGAGUUAUUUGCUAUAAAGAUUCUGAAGAAAGACGUGGUGAUUCAGGAUGAUGAUGUGGAGUGUACCAUGGUGGAGAAGAGGGUGUUGGCACUUUCGGGAAAACCUCCUUUCCUCACACAGCUGCAUUCCUGCUUCCAGACCAUGGAUCGUCUGUACUUUGUAAUGGAAUACAUUAAUGGAGGAGACCUGAUGUACCAGAUCCAGCAGGUUGGAAAGUUCAAGGAGCCACAUGCAGUGUUUUACUCUGCAGAGAUUGCCAUAGGCCUGUUUUUCUUACACAUGAAAGGCAUAAUAUACAGGGAUCUGAAGUUAGAUAAUGUAAUGCUGGAUGCCGAAGGCCAUAUUAAAAUCGCGGAUUUCGGGAUGUGUAAGGAGAACAUGUUGGAGGGCGUGACCACCAAAACUUUCUGCGGUACCCCGGACUACAUCGCUCCCGAGAUCAUUGCGUAUCAGCCGUAUGGGAAGUCGGUCGACUGGUGGGCCUUUGGGGUGCUGCUGUAUGAAAUGCUAGCUGGACAGCCUCCAUUUGAUGGAGAGGAUGAGGAUGAACUGUUCCAAUCCAUCAUGGAACAUCAUGUGUCAUAUCCCAAAUCAAUGUCUAAGGAGGCAGUGGCCAUCUGUAAAGGACUGAUGACGAAGCACCCUGGAAAACGUCUAGGAUGUGGCCCUGAGGGAGAGAGAGACAUCCGAGAGCAUGGUUUCUUCCGCUACAUGGAUUGGGAGAAGCUUGAGAACAAAGAGGUUCAACCACCAUUCAAACCUAAAGCUUGCGGCCGAGAGGCGGAGAAUUUUGACCGCUUUUUCACACGUCACCCUCCGGUGCUCACUCCGCCUGACCAGGAAGUCAUCAUGAACCUCGACCAGGACGAGUUCGAGGGUUUCUCCUUCAUAAACUCUGACUAUCCUGGCGCAGAAGCUCAGAGCUAAUUAAUAUUAGCAGUUCAAUGAACUCUGCCCCCCAUCCUGUCAUUUUAGCCAAUCAUUUCUUGCUUCUGCUGGUGCACGCCCUGCUCCCUACCGGCCAUUUGGCUGAAGUGCUUAUGAACAUAGAUAAUGAUUAUUAGAUUAAAAAGAGAUGCAUGCAAAACCUGCUCCCUGCAGACCACUUGGCUGUAACUUACUCUACGCGUAUAUACUUAGAUGCAUGUAGAACUUCGCUGUAAUAACUAGGUCAUUUAAUAAUCCGGAUUUUAUUUACGAAAAUACAUGUAAAUAGCAGACAGUACAUCAGUCCAGGGGCUCUCCAUUUCCUCCAGGAAUGCUCCAGUUUUUCCCAGUUUUCCACUUCCUUAAAAAAGUUCUCCACUUCCUCCAGGACGCAUGAGUGACUUCCUGCAGCCACACAACAGUGUGUGCUUCCAUCCAUCUGUUUAUAAAGCAACAAGGAAAUUUUGAAUAUGAAAGGAAAAAAGGAAGGGAGCGUAAGAGGAAAAGAAGGAAGCAAAGAAAGAAAAUGCAAAAGACAAUUGGGUAGCCAAAGUGAAAGAGAGGAAGGUAGAAACAACAACACAGACAUAAAACAAAGACAAAUACAAGUAGGUUGACAAAAAUUACAGAUAUAAAAAAGAAAUAAACAAAAAGAUGGGCAGAAAAGAAGGUAGGAAGAAAAACACCAUUUAUUUAGGUAGUGAGAAAGAAGAUAGGUGGGUAGGUAGGAAGUCACAAAAUUGGGCAGAACAGGAGCCAAAGGAAACCAAGAUUGCAUAAACAUUUGGAUGGAAAUUGACCAAUCAGAUCACUGCAUGUCUUUUACAUCAUCUGUGAAUGUGAUUCAUUAGUGUGAUGCCACUGACUUU